GACUGCUUCCAAAAGUCAUCAAACCGAUAUUAACGGUUAAUAAGCACCGGUAGCUAAGUAACGAUUUUAAAAGAGGAACAACCCAGCCUGAGAAGACUUUAGGGAGUAAUUUCGUUGCUGGUUUGGACCGGGUUGAGCUCCAACUGUGAGGUGUGAUCAUUGUCACAAAGCCUGUGUUUGUGUGUGUGUACACAGUGGGGUAGCAACAGUAGGAUGAGCUGCCCAAGAGCCGUCACAGUCUGCAGGGACUGACAUACAACACUGCAAACACUACAGUUUUGACCACAAAUGAAAUUCUGAUGGAACUCCACCAGAUCUGAUCUGCUGCAGUCGAUGCAGUCUUCCAGAGGCCCUCCCUCCCUGUGGCUGAGAAACCAGCAGCAGCAUGUCCCGCAUCUCCUCCACCGCCAAGCGCUACGCUGGCCCCUCCUACACCAGCCACUACAGCUCCUACAGCUCCCUGAACCCGGGCCUUAGCUCCUACAGCGAGCGUGACAGGGUGUCCUCCUAUAAGUCCCCCAACUCCUCCUCCACCUCCUCCUCAGGUUACUCCUCCUCCAGCUACCUGAGCAGCUCUGCGGCCCGAAGCCGCAACUACAGCACCUCUUCAGACCCCGACCCCGACCGUGGGCGCACCAUCCCACGCACGGACAUCCUUGGAAGCAGCAGUAGCAGCAGCAGCCGCCGGAGUAAGAGCCUCAGCAGGACCCCUGUUAAGACCUAUGGUGGGUCAGGGCUGAGUGGGGGGUCGACCUACACGGGCUCCAGCUCCUACUCUUCGCCCUCGGCCCAGAUCAGCUACCUCUAUUCUUCACCGGCCACCUCGAGCAUCUCGCUCAGCCGACGAAAAUCCGUAUCCCAGAGUGACUUGAGCAGGGACCUGGCCUCUCUGGUCCUCAAUGACACCUCCACCUCCUCCUCCUCUCCUUCCUCCACCGCGUCCUCUUCCACUAGUGCCCUGCGGAGCUACCGCAGUCGGACCAGCAAUGUGGCCAACUCGUACGGCACCAGCUCUCGCCCAGGAUACUCGGGUCUGUCCAGGAGCUCUACUCAGGAGGCCCUCUCCCGAAGCUCCACCCAGGAGGCCUUCAGCAGCAGCAGCAGCAGCAGAGCAUACAGCUCUUCGACAUGGGAGUCGAGCACUAACGGCCUGUCUGACUCUCCCACCAGGGACUCCAUGAAUUCAAAGAGUGCUCAAGGCCUGGUGGGAUUAAAGAACCUUGGAAACACUUGUUUCAUGAACAGUAUCCUGCAGUGUCUCAGCAACACACAAAGCCUGCGAGACUACUGCCUGCACAACUCGCACCGCAGAGACCUUAACAACAACAGCCGCACCAACACAGCCCUCAUGCAAGAAUUUGCCAAGCUGAUUCAGACCAUGUGGACGUCGUCCAGCAGCGAGGCGGUCAGCCCGUCUGAAUUCAGAACUCAGAUCCAGAGAUAUGCGCCCAGAUUCGUCAGAUACAGCCAACAGGAUGCUCAGGAGUUCUUACGAUUCCUCCUGGACGGUCUUCACAACGAGGUCAACAGGGUCACUGUCAGGCCGAGAGGCACAGCAGAGGACUUUGACCACCUGCCGGAUGAAGAGAAGGGGAGAAAGAUGUGGAGCAAGUAUCUGGAGAGAGAAGACAGCAAGAUUGUCGACCUGUUUGUGGGGCAGCUGAAGAGCUCUCUGACCUGCAGGCACUGUGGUUUCUGCUCCACUGUCUUCGACCCGUUCUGGGAUCUCUCUCUACCCAUCGCCAAGGCAGGCUACUGCGAAGUGAGUCUGAUGGACUGCAUGCGGCUCUUCACCAAAGAAGACAUCCUGGAUGGAGACGAGAAGCCAAUGUGCUCCAGGUGUGAAGUCCGGAGGGUUUGUGCAAAGAAGUUCACAAUACAGAAGUUCCCAAAGAUCUUAGUGCUGCACCUAAAACGCUUCUCUGAGGGACAGCGAACAGGAAAACUGUCUACCUUUGUGAACUUCCCUGUGACAGAUUUGGACCUGCGGGAGUUUGCAUCUCAAAGCAGCAUAAAUGCAGUGUACAACCUGUAUGCAGUGUCCAACCACUCAGGCACCACCACGGGAGGUCACUACACGGCCUACUGUCGCAACCCCACCUCGGGAGAAUGGUACACAUUCAAUGACUCCAGGGUAACACCGAUGUCCUCCUCCCAUGUGUGCAGCAGCGACGGCUAUGUCCUCUUCUACGAGCUGGAUGAGAAGCUACCCGGAGGACGGCGGUCCGUGCUCUGAUGACGGACAAAAUGAUAUAAAGAUGCUCUUGUUGGUGAUGACAGGCCUGCUGUGGAUUUGUAUUUGGACUCGUAUCACAAACACAAAAACACAUAAAGGCACACACACCCACCAGCCUGGAUUUUCUGGAAACCACAGGAACCUGAUGAACCAGCCCUGCUCUCCGUCUCCGUCUUUACUCUCCUGUCCUGCUCGUUUUGCGUGGAGGUGUGUGUGUGUUUUCUGUGUGCGUGUUGUGUGCAAGUGAGUGAGGCUGACACAGGGCAAUAAUCUCAUACGACAGCUGACAGGUGAAUCUCCAUCUCAGAAAUCCCUCUCUAUGCACUGCAAACCGAACUCUCACCCCGACCGCGCCUUCGCUUUGUUUUCCUUCGAUCUUCUUGUUUGCCUCGAACUAUUUAAACUGACAUGAUGCGUUAAUUUUUUUUCUGCUUUGGAUUUACGUUGUUUUUAUGUUUAUGUUUUGUUUAUCACAUCAUCAUCACACUGACUGCUAAGGGUCUCGAGGAGCUGACAGCCCACCGGCCUGCUCGCACUGCAACACUCCCACGUCUUCGUCGACGUCUUUCACUCUUCUUCUUUUUCUACAAGUGGUCGGGAGGCUGGUGGCACUGUGAGCGUCACGUGAUUCAGAGGACGACACCUCAAACGUGUUUUAUUUAAUUUGUUUCUCCCAAGUGUGGCUGCUACUGAUGUUUUCAAAGUGCUGUGAAUGGAUGAAUGAACCGUCCAGUGCAGAUCUUCAAAGGACUAACAAUGAAAAAAUGGUAUCAAAUCUCAUUGUCAGCAUGGGGUCUUUACUUUCUCUCUUGUUUCAUGCCAUUGAACAACACGAAAGAAUGUUUUAAAGACAAAUAACACACUAUAUCUGUAUAUUUUUAUAUCCUGAUGCAAUAUAGAGAAUGUACUAUUCAAUGGUGCUGAAAAUUGACCCAUAACUGUUUUCAGUCGGUUUAUUUCCCACGUUUCAAGAGAGAAAAAGAGUUAUUAUUUAUGCUUACAGGUGAUAAUGUGAUGAGUCACACUUUUUAGCAGUGGCAGUCAAACACAUGAGUAUAUAAAUAUAUAUAUGAAUUAAAAGUUAAAACAGUG